CAAAAUAAAUAAAUACUGUGGAGAAAGGGAAAUUGAGUCGCCUCCGUUUUGUCGUGUGAAUUGUCUUGAGUUUUGCCAUAUCAUUGGAAUUUGUACCCAUCGAAAGUGUCAGAUUAGUUAUUACACCAUCUCGACUUUUACACAUUACUUCAUCGACUAUUCGCGAAGUUGUAGGCAAUUAAAGUUAAGAGAAAGUUUCUUAUUCCUUCAAAAUGGUUCGUGUAUUUGUUGUUGGUGUUGGAAUGACCAAAUUCGAAAAACCUGGCGUUCGAGAAGGCGAUUAUCCCGAAUUUGCUAAAGAAGCAAUAGAAAAGGCUCUACAAGAUUCUAAGUUAAAUAUAAACGAUGUUGAACUUGCUACAGUUGGAUAUGUAUAUGGAGAUUCUACUUGUGGUCAAAGGGCGAUUUAUGAAGUUGGUAUGACAGGAAUACCAAUUUUCAAUGUAAAUAACAAUUGUUCUACUGGAUCUAGUGCUUUAUUAAUUGCCAAAGAAUUUAUUGAAUCUGGUAAAGAUUGCGUACUUGCUGUAGGUUUUGAAAAAAUGGAUAAAGGAAGUCUAACAUCUAAAUUUAUGGAUAGAACAAAUCCUAUGGAUAAACAUGUUACUUUAAUGGCUGACCUUGUCGGUCUCAAUGCAGCACCAAUUACUGCUCAAAUGUUCGGCAAUGCUGGAUUAGAGCAUAUGAGAAAAUAUGGCACAAAGGCUGAACAUUUCGCCAAAAUUGCCUACAAAAAUCACAAACAUUCAGUUAAUAAUCUCAAUUCACAAUUCAGAGAUGAAUAUACUCUAGAACAAAUCAUGAAGUCCCCUCAAGUAUUUGGACCUUUAACUAAAUUGCAAUGUUGCCCAACUAGCGAUGGAGCAGCCGCUGCCAUUGUAGUUUCUGAGAGAUUUGUUAGAUCACAUGGUCUUGAGAAUCAAGCAAUAGAAAUUCUUGGGAUAGAAAUGGCAACAGAUACUCCUUCUACUUUUAAUGAGAAAAGUUUGAUUAAACUUGUUGGCUAUGACAUGACUAAAAAAGCUGCUGAACGUUUAUUUUAUAAGACUGGUACAAAACCUACAGAUGUUCAAGUGGUGGAACUGCACGAUUGUUUCUCUGCAAAUGAGUUGAUUACAUAUGAAGCUCUUGGUCUUUGUCCUCCUGGUAAAGCAGGUGAAUUUAUCGAUAGAGGUGACAAUACAUAUGGUGGAAAAUAUGUUGUUAAUCCAAGUGGUGGUCUCAUUUCUAAAGGACAUCCUCUUGGUGCUACUGGUUUGGCACAGUGUGCCGAGCUUUGUUGGCAACUAAGAGGCGAGGCUGGUGCAAGACAAGUUCCUGGAGCUAGACUUGCCCUUCAACACAACAUUGGACUUGGUGGAGCAGUAGUGGUAGCUCUGUAUGCAAAGGGUUUCCCUUCAUCUGUUGGAGUACGAAAAACAAAUGCUUCAGGCAAUGGUGAAGGUUUUAUUGUAACUCCUUAUCUGAAAAUUUUGCAGCAAAUUAUGCUGAUUGACAACGAGAAUACUGUUGAUAAAUUUAGAGGAGUGUAUGGAUUGAAAGUCAAGAAAGAAAAUGGAGAGGAAGGUUAUUGGGUUAUAAACACAAAGACCGGCAAGGGAACAAUUGAAUUCAAUUCUAAAGUUAAACCUGAUGUGACAAUCAUAGUGAAUGACAAAGAUAUUGUAGAAUUAUUUGGUGGAAAGAUAAAUCCCCAGAAAGCAUUUUUCCAAGGAAAAAUUAAAAUUCAAGGAAACAUAGGUCUUGCUAUGAAGGUGACAGAACUACAAAAAAUUGCAAAAGCAAGAAUUGUUGAUAUCACAGCAAAAUUAUAAGUUAAUGGUUAUGUAAAUGGUGUCUGGUUUAAGUCAAAUUCCUGUUAUUUUUUUAUCACAUUCACACAUGUUAUGGGGUGACAAAUAUAUUUAUUAAAUCAAAA